ACCCCAGAGCAAAACCAAGACGAGGACUCUUUAUAGCGAAAACUACUAAUCGAAAGGAGUGAUUUCAACCAAAAAGGCAUAGCCAACAACGUUGAAAUCCCAACAUAUGAAACGUCCCAAAAAUAGCCUAAUAAAAGCCUCAGGUCGACGAUACUGUGCCUUUUAGGCGGCACAGCAAGAUGGAGGGAUCGCAGGCUCGGUGCACGAUCCUCGCCAUACGAGAUGCAGUGGGGAGGGUAGUAUUAGACCACUGCUGCCUACUACGCCGCUCUCACUUGAGAGGGAGUAUAUAUCCUUUAUUUCCCUCUCCAUUUCGUUGAAACAUUUUCCCAAAUCAAUAUAAAUCAUCUCUCAAACUCACACUCCCAAAAUGGUCCAACAAGCUCCUCCCUCCUCCUCUUCCCGCACUUGGAAUGCCCUCCCCUCCCAAAAAGACCUGGCCUUCCGGCGCAUCUCCUCCGUCUUUCUCAUGGCCGGCCUCUUGACAGUCAUUACUCCCUUCCGCCCAGUAACCUGGUUUCUGCCUAUUUCCGGACCCGAUAUCCUCGAUCAAUUCAUCGCACCGCCAUUAUUCCUCGGUGCCUUAUUCGCGCAGUGGCGGAUCGCAGGUGUGAGCGGGGCGUUGGUGAUAGAUGUCAUGGAUGUAGGAUUCGUGUAUCAUUCUAGCAUGUAUUGGACUUGUGCGUUUGCUGAAUUGUGUAUUUGUUUGGGCGUUGGCAUGGCGCGGAAUGAGUAUCUGAGGAGGGGUGCGAGUCUUGGACUUGUAGGGGGACUUUGGGCGGUGGGGUGGGGGUGUACGCCAGUUAGGUAUAAGAUGCAGGCUUGGGAUAUUUUGAAAUGGGUUUGGUUAGUAUUCUUUUUUUCUUUCACCCUUCUUUCUUUCUUUCUGGCCUGGCAAAAGUUUGGGAUGUGAGAGAGGUUCACCAAGUAGUAAGCUGACUUUUGUAGGACUAUGUUGGCCAUUGAUCAUGCGAGAGCUAGUCUGGGUGGUGGAAGACGACGUUAUUGAGGGGUUGGGGAAUGUCGGUUAUCGCGCGGGAAAGGUUGGGAGUUGGUUUGGGGUUUAAGGAAUGAAGACUGGACGUGAAGAAAAAUCGCGGCUGCACGACGUUACCAAUGGGACGGUGUUUAGGUAUCAAAAUAGAAAGGAGGUCCUAAGGAGGACGGUAUUUUGGUUGCGGUAAUACGUAGGUAUUUUCGUUCUCAUAUGAAAGUUGAUUUCAAUAUCGAAAGUCAUUACCAAAA